GAGAUUGAACUUUUUCCGAGUCGGUUCAUCGAGCUCACGAGCGGCUCCGCUCGUUUACCACCGAAUUGUCACAUGCAAGCGAUUAGCAAAUUUAGCAUAUUUUCCGAAAAUACUCUGGAUUUAUUUUCGUGAAGUCAUGGUAAUAAGAGCUGGAAAAAAGGGGCAGGAUGGUUGACAUUCGUUUUGAGAUGUGAGGGGAUGUCCUUAAUUAAAAUACUGCUCCAACUACAAAUCCUUAUCCUUCCAUGAAAUAAAUAUUGUGUUUAGUUUGACAGUGUCUUAACCAAUGAUGCAUCAUAGAGUUGUAUACAAAUUCUGAUUAAUGUAACAAAUCCUUCCUAUAGUUCCUACCUCAAGUUCAUAAAGUUCAAAAAGAUUUGUUUCCCUACAUCUUCCUAUAUCUCACACCCUUAUAACAUAUAUAGAUAGAUCAUUGUUUUGACUUGUCCGAAUGCGUAUUAGCUCAAAAUCAUCAGCAACAAUGCUAACAAAAUUUCUUCUGUGUUCUCUUCUCUUCCAUUUCGUAUUAAUCGAAUGUCUUGUGGCGGUUUCUAACGAAACCAACACAAAGACGCCUUUGACAACUAUGACAAACGGCGGUAACAUAGCUAAGCCUGGGUGCGAAAGCAAGUGUGGGAAUUUAACUAUUCCAUAUCCAUUUGGAAUUGGAAUAGACUCAGGAUGUUCUAUAGAUCCUCAAUACGAUAUCAACUGCAACACUUCUUUCAGCCCUCCAAGGUCCUUUCUUGGUAUAGGAAAUCUUGAAGUUAUUGAUGUAACAAACUCCCACAUGAGGAUCAACAACUGGUUGGCUUACAGAUGUUAUGACCAACUAGGAAAGUCGAUAAGGGUAACCUCAUUCUCAAUCGAGUUAUCUCCAUACUUGAGCUUUUCAAAUGCAAAUAAGUUCACUACCAUCGGAUGUGAUGAUUAUGCCAUUCUAUGGGGAACUCAAGGGCUUAAUUUCUCAACCGGGUGUGUGUCUCUUUGCUCUACGAAAGAGGAUAUUCGUGAUGGUUCUUGUACUGGUAUAGGUUGUUGCCAAAUCUCAAUACCAAAGGGACUACAACGUUUCGAAGCUGCCCUUGGAACCUUCAACAAUCACACUAAUGUGUGGUCCUUUGACCCUUGUGGUUAUGCCUUUCUAGCAGAGCAAAACACAUACGCAUUUCAUUCAUCUGACCUCAUGGACAAAACCUUUACAAACAGAACCAUCCAAAAUGUCCCGAUACUCCUAGAUUGGGUGAUUGGGAAUAAAACAUGCGGUCACUCACAAAACUCGAGUGAUUAUGCAUGUCAGAAGAAUACUUAUUGCAUUGAUUCUGACACAGGUCUUGGUGGGUAUCAUUGCAGCUGCUUGGGUGGAUAUGAGGGCCAUCCAUAUCUCGACCCAGGCUGCACAGGUUAGUACUUCUUUUGUAUUUUACACUACACUUACGGCUUACCAUAGUUAUCUAGAUAAGCUUACUAUUAUGAUGUUUAUUUCUUAUUUUCAGACACAAAUGAAUGUGAGAAUAGUCCAUGUGUAGCAAAUUCCACAUGCACUAAUUCACCUGGUAGUUAUAAUUGUUUGUGUCCUGAUGGCCUCACGGGUGAUGGCACCAAACAUGGCACUGGCUGCUAUAAACAUAAGAAACCCAUAUCAGCGCUAAAGUUAUCAAUAGGUACAUAUAAAUGAUAAAUUCAAUGUCUUUAUCCUUUCUUUUGGCUAUGUUACGUGAAGAUAGAUUUCAAGUAUUAAGCAAAUUAAUGUUUACAGCUGUUAGGAACCAUAAGGUGGUAACUUUGGUUUAACAUCUAGGAUUCUUAAAUGUGAAUUUUCAGGUUUCGGUUUAGGCUUCUUGGUUUUGAUAAUCGGCAUUAA